UUCACAUUCCCAAGGGAAGCAACAUGGAGACCAUCGUUCAGGAAGUAACAAUCAAUAAUCCUCAAAUAGAUAAUUCUCCCGAGAACUUGCAGCAAAAGGAGAAGCUAAUUGCGGAUAUAAAGAAAUUGAAAUUAUUGGCCUUCCAACUUGAAUGCCGUCUUAACAUUAACAAAUUCAAGGAUGUUAGAGAAACAUUAAAAUUACCUGCACCAGUUUGCAACGUCAGGGAACAUGCCGAAAAAAUGGCUAACACGGAGAACCAGUUGCAGGAAGAACUUUAUCGAUAUGCAGGCUUGUAUUGCGAAAGCUUUAAUGAGAAGGAAUAUGUAUUUCGUAUCAUGUCCUCUGCUGAUAACGCGAAGACCGAUACUUAUUGCGUUCAAAUAACGACCAACAAUGGCGCUUUGAAAGUUGGCAAAUGGUGUAUGCCCAUGUCGGUGGACAUGGACGAAAUCUUGAUGGAAACCCCGCUGGCCUCUUUUAAGGAUGUGAAGGAUUUUUUAAGAAAUUGCAAACGCUGGACGGAUUGCUAUAGCGUCAGGCUUCGACAGUUCAAUGAAUUGAAAUCCUUCCUCGAGAAUAUAAUGGACUGCACCUUAGAGGCGAAUUUAGGCCAUUCCGAAAUUUAUUUACAAUUGAGGAAGAUCAGAGAUGUAAAGUCUGAACAGGAUCACGAUGUCAUCUUCUACUUAUGUUAUAAAACAGACGAGACCAGACCUUGUGAGAUAUUAAUAGACUCGGGAAACAUUAAUGGCAUAUCAGCUGAAAUUCAGGCGAGAUUAAAAAAUUACUUCAAACGGUUUCACGUUUGUACGUUAAAAACAGCUUUUGAGAAAACCAUAAAUGCAACGGAUGACGAAUUUCAAUGGAACAUGGUACAGGAGAAUGAAGAUAUUGCUGCAUUAUGCGCUGAUGAAGACAUCGAUAGUGAAGACGAGUUUCUAAGUACCAUUAAAAGAGGGAAACGAAAAGGAGGACCGACGAAAUUAACAAUCGAACGUAAAAAAAGGAGGCAUGGUGACACUGCGAAUGAAAGUACAAAAACAGAUGACACCCUUUGUGAUAACAGCGAUAAUCUGGACACCGAAAGUGUAAAGCUGCCAAGACGUUCUGUAAAAUCGAAAGAACCUCGAAAAAAGAACGCAGAGAGUAGGAAAGGAAAGACUGGGGUGCGGGUCAGGAAAAAUAAGCAAAAAGUUACCGCACUUGAUGAAAUUCCAGAAUCUGCUCAAGAGGAUAGUGGUUCCGCAUCUAAAGAUCAGAAUAAUAAAUUAAAGGAACUUGUAAAUAAUCAUCAGACUACAACGGCGACUGAAAAAAUUGAAACCCGUUUAAAUAAUUCGGAAUGUAACAAAGACAAUGAAAUUCAAAAGUCUACACCCAUCGAUAACAAAAAAUCUGGUAAACUGAAAGGCAAGAUAAUUCAUAAAGAUUCCGCCGAAAAUACAAAUGAUAUCUUUAUGAAAUGCAGUACGCCUUUACGUCGGACAGGAUUCAAAUUUUCAUUCCCAGACAGCAAUCAAAUAAGCGCGAUAGAAAGCGAAAGUAAACAGGAAAAUGCGAAACCAAAAGAGGAGACGGAAGGGAAAGAAAGAAAAAAAUCUGAAAUAGGCAACAGAGGGGUGGGAGAAGUAAAGGAGAAUAAAAAGAAAGGUGCAAACGCUGGAAAAUUGAGAACUAAAAAAAAAAGUAAACCAGAUCAAUGCAGUUAGUGCUGAAUCUAACGGA